UAAGUGUGCCGACUCUUCUGUGGUGUUGGAGAGGAGGCUAAGGGUGUGUGGAACUGGAUUAAUACAUGUUCCUGAGGACUGCAGACCUUCUCAACAUUUCCGAUCCUUGGGAGGAACUCUCGGGUCGUUGUUAAACACUCGAGGGUAUGGAGCAGUCCUACAGAUCUACCAUCUCUAUCUACAAGAGCAUCCUGGAACAGUUUAACCCAGCUCUGGAGAAUCUGGUCUACCUGGGUAACAAGUAUGUGCAGGCUUUCCAUGCGUUAUCCCAGGCUGCCGAUGUCUAUUUUACAGCAAUCCAAAAGAUCGGGGAGCAAGCCCUGCAGAGCUCUACUUCGCAAAUAUUGGGUGAAAUCCUGAUACAGAUGUCUGACACCCAAAUUAACUUGAACCGCAAGCUGGAAGCAGUCGCGCAGACCUUCCAUGCAGAUUUGCUGCAGCACAUGGAAAAGAACACUAAGCUGGAUGUGCAGUUCAUCAAUGAUAGCCGGCAGCGAUAUGAGAAGGAACACAGACGCAGAACUGCCAACAUAGAUAAAUGCAUUACGGAUCUGUGGAGAAUGGAGAGAACGCGAGACAAGAAUGUCUGGGAGAUGAAGGAGAACAUGAUGCGCUUGCACACCGAGAUGCAAGAAUUUGUCACUGAGAGCCAGAAGGCUGCUGAGCUGGAGGAGAAACGCCGCUACCGCUUCCUAGCUGAGAAGCACCAGCUACUCUCCAAUAACUUCCUGCAGUUCUACACCAGGGCCUGUGCCAUCAUUCAGAGCAAGGCACCAUUGUGGAAGGAACAGCUGGAAGCCACCCGAAAUCCUGCCCCAACUUCACUCAGCAGCACAACGCUCAGCCCAGGACAUGCAUCUGGCUCUCUGGCUCCUGCUCCUUCCCAUCUCGAGAUGCCCCAGAGGCCUCUGGGUGAUUUCAGUCCAGUGAUAGCAGGGCGAAGCGCCAGUCCCUUCCCACAGGAGACGGCAGAAAUGUUGCCUGCCUCUCAGCCAGAAACAAGGAGGAGAACCCUGCAAAGAACUCCCUCUAUCGGCUCUGUUUCCACCGGCCAGCGUUCUCGUUCCAGCUCCUUUGGGGAGCAGGCAGCAGGAAGAGCAGAAGCUGGGGGCAAAGAGGGGAGCAGCAACAGCGUGCUGAGAGUCCAAGCCAUAGCCCCCCACUCUGCUGGUUCCAACCGGACCCUUUUGCAGUUCAGCAUUGGAGAUAUAGUCACCGUGCUUAUACCAGAAGCACAAAAUGGCUGGCUGUAUGGCAAGCUGGAAGGUACAUCCACGAGUGGCUGGUUUCCUGAAGCUUUUGUGAAGCCACUGCAGGAGACAAGAGACCCCCAGGAGACCACCCCCAGAAUGUUUCCUCUGCGGAGCAGUCGCAGCGUAGACGAGCUCCUGGAUCGGCCCAGCACCCCAUCAGCCAGCAAUUACUGGCACAACCCCAGCAGACCUCAGUCUCCAGGUCCUUCUCCUGCUCUGCUGGGGGCAGGCAGCCGCCGGAGCAGCUCAGCCAGUGCCGCAGCCACCUCAGACUCCAAGAAGCCAGCAGGGAGGGAACAUCAUCCAGAACUGUUUCCCAGAGGUACCAAUCCUUUCGCUACAGUCAAAUUGCGCCCAACGGUGACCAACGACCGAUCGGCACCCGUCAUCCGGUGAAAGCCAGCUAUGGUUUGGGGAGGGUGGGUGGCUUGCACAGAAAGUUGUCCUGGACAACCCUUCUCAUCCCUGAGCUCAGGCUGUCAUUAUCUUGGGGAAGCUAUUUCUCCCCAGGUGGCCAGCCUGAGUGGAGGGCAAUUCUUUAGUCUCCUUUUCCAUGUCUGCUCAUGUUGUAGUGGUCAAUAGGUCCCAAGGUCAUUUUGUUUUGUUCUUUUAAGGCUCCCCCCCAUCUGUGCAAAAGGUACGUUUCUUUCCCAUUUGUAGCAUGCAUUUUGCCAGGUUGUGCUCUGUGCUACAAUUUCCCUGCAAACUUUGUGCAAACGGGUGAGGAUGACCAUAAACAGGCUGUCUGGAAGUGACUUUGGACUGGGCAGAGAAACAACUGCUUCAGAAUGAAGAUCGAGAGACAUUACAGCAGACAGCAGUCAUCUGGUGUAGGACAUAAGUAGGGCACUCUAGGAAGAGCCCUCAGAACGAGUCUGUGGAAAAACCUUCAGAAAUCUUCUGCUGGAUACUUGGUUGAUUUCAUGCCCACACGGACAGCUCAGGAGAUACUGGUCAACAUGAUAUAAUCCAAGCCAGUCAUGACUGCCAUACAAAACAUCUUGUUCUAAAACCAUUGAGGGGCACCAUGAAUGUUCAAUGGUCAGCCAGUAAAUCUACGUGGGAGUCAGUCUUGAGAGACUGCCAUGUAAACUUCCUUGCUCAGGUAACUUGCAGAAUUGUCUGCUCCUCACCACUGGUAGAUUUAAAAGGCAUCCUUGUUUGAAGAUGCCUGGAUAUCCUCUCCUACCCCCAUUCAUCACAGACCACUGUGCUACCAGUUUUGAUAAGCACAACUGGGAAUAGUUCUAAAAUUGCUGAGGAAGGCUAGCUGCACUGCAUUAUUUCACACACACCCAAUAUGUUUCUGUAAGUAGCACUAACAGAAAUGGGGGUUUUUUUGGGGGGGGGAGAAAGAAAAGAAAGAAAGAAAGAAAGAAUAAAGUAAGAAAUAAAUAAACAUCUCCUUUGGGUUGUGAAGUUCAUAUUUCAGGCGUGCCUUUUGAUAGGGGAGGGGAGACACACUUCACGGAAAACAAAAGGGAAGAGCAAGUUGCAGUUGUUUGAGAUCUUUCCUUUUCACCUUCACUACUUCACUUUGCAAAGUGGUAUUAUCUCAAGGCAAAUGUAUCAAUGUUCACAGAACUAAGAAGUUAGGAGGAAAUGCAGGAUUGUCGCCUUCCUCCCAUGCAAGUUGAUUUGCCAGUUCUUUAUUUCCUUUGCCUCUUGUCUCCUAAAUAAGAUGCAAUGGGAUGGUGAUUUUG